GUGCUACUGCUUCGUAUCCUUUUCUUCAUCACUUCGGCUCAACUCUCUUGGCAGCUGUUCGUUUCGUCUCCCCUUCUCCUUUAAUGCGUGCAUUCCGCAUUGGUGUCUUCGUUUCCAGAUCGUUUUUCCUUUCUCCUUCGCGGAGCAGCUGAAGAGCUAAAGAAGUUUAUCUCUUCCUGUGCGCUGCGCUUCUUCAGAGGUCGUCUUCCCUCGCUCUCUCAUGUCUCCCUGUCGAUAUCUGACUUUUUCUUUUUCUUCUGUGAAGUAGAGUUAUCGUUCGCACAUUUCUCUCUGGUGCCUGCCUUUCUUGUCCAUCGUGCCGUCUUUUUCUCAAAAGACUCCGCGUGCUGGGCAACGCUGCUUUCGUGUCUCUCCUUUGAUUUCGCUUCUUCCUUUCAUCCGUUGUGACUGGGAUUCCAGUGUCGUCGUUCAACGCGAGCACCGCCGCUCGUUCCUGCAUUUGGCUCCUCUGUGCUCCCUCUAUCUCUGAAGGGUUCGCGCUUGGGAAGAGCGAGGAAUCCUUAUUAAUACUAUUUGGACAGCUAUAUUCCGCAAUACGCGUGCGUGCACGACACAGCGCGUCGAAGCAAUGUUAUCCCAACUCCUGUGGGCGUGGGACUUCUUCCUCUUCAUACUCCGUGGCACCUUCGUCGCGCUUGCGGACUUCUGGGUCAUGUACGUCCGCGCCGGCCGUGUUUGGCUCGGCAAGCGGAACCAGCCCUCCUCCCUCGUGCGGGGCGACCUGGUCAUGCAACUCGCCGCCUCCUCUCCCCAUCACAGCACCGCCAAUGAGAAGAACAUCUUUCUGCAGCUGAACAGCACCUUCAUCGAUCGGCGGCUGUGGAUGGGGCUGGACGAUCCUGGCACCGGUCCGUCAGCCAUCGUGACCGGCAUCUCCUACGGUGGCAUCGGCUUCUACACAACGUUAAACCUGCUGCUGAGUGGCGUGAAUGUGCACGGCGUUGCACGCACGGCGCGGCAGGCGGAGCGGGCGCGGCAGCUACUGACGGAUGCCGUGGAUCGGCAGAUCAUGCUGCACAAGGAGUGGAGUGGCCGGGUGGGCCGUUUCCUCGUCCACGUGUGCAACAUGAGUGACACCACAGCUGUGCUGAACUUCAGCCAGGUCCUCGCGACCGACUCGGCGCUGCGCAUCAUCGUGUGCAACGCAGGGCCGAUGUGCACCCCACCGAAGCUGUCGCGGCAAGGGCUAGAGGAGCAAUUUGCGACGCACCACGUCGGGCACAGCUUGUUGAUGCUGCGGCUGCUGCAGGUCCGGAUGGAGCGUUUGCACUCCCGCUCGAUGGCCGUGUCUGCGGCGCCGCCGCUGCGCAUGGUAAUUCUCGCCUCCGCCGCUGCGGCCACUGGUAACCCGACGGCCCAAACCACCUUUCACGAGUGGGGCAGUGUGGCAGAGCUAGAGCAGCACCUAAGUCGCUUCAGGAGCUACGGAAAUGCGAAGAUGUGCGUGCUGCUCUUCGCCUUUGCGUUGGCGCGCUUUGUUCAUCAGCAGCGGCUGCUCUCGCCGUCGUGCACCGUGAACGUUCUCCACCCUGGACCGAUUCGCAGUCGCGUCAUCCCGAACAGUCAGCUGCCGUGGCGGUGGCUGCUGGACGGCGAGGCGGCCGGAUUGCUUCGCAUGACGCCUGUUAUUGCCUCCAUGUUCGUCACCGAUCUCGCCUUGUCUGAGCGCUACGAGCGUGUCAGCGGACACUUCUUCCGCAUGGGCGAGGACCAGACGCUGCGCUACCGCGACAUGGUGCUGGAGGCGCGCCAUCGAAGGGGGGUUUUCACGAACUCGACGCUGUUUCCUGGCAUCCCCGGCCCUGCAGUUUCUCUAUCACUGGCAAAGCAGCAGUGGAUGUGGAUCACCACGAUGAACUACUUCGCCUCCAAAGACCUCGUGGACACGCGAAUGUUCUCGCUGCUGUAG